ACCGAACGGCAGUGUAUCCGAAGAGAAGCACUUGCAUCGCAAGUUGCGAGUUUUUGCCGGAUGGUUCUUAGCAGCUUUUUUCACCCAGCAUGUUUGAGCUCCUCUUUGCCUUCCUUCUCGUUCUGCUGCAGGCUGCAGGCGCACAUACUCAUACUGUCAACAACAAUUUGACAACUUAUCUGGUAACCAUAACUUCACAUACUACGAGUGGAAACACAGAGACAUUAUGUGCCCACCUUCUACCAAAAGAACCUGCAACAUUCACCGUCACCCUUGAGGUGAUAAAUAUGGCCAACACAACCCUACUGAAUGAAGUGGUGACGGAGGACUUCUACCGCUGUGUGUCUUUCCUGGUACCUGCUGUUUCCACUGACACAACGGCUACCAUACACGUUAAUGUUCAGGGGGUCUCUGAGACACUACAGAAAAUGACCAAGAUCCUCAUCAGUCCCAGCACUGGUUUUGGCAUCAUUCAUACUGAUAAACCAAUCUACAAACCAGGACAAACCGUUAUGUUCCGCAUUGUGACCCUGGACACCAAUUUUUUGCCUCUCAACAGAAAGUAUCAAACUGUGGAGCUCCAGGAUCCAAACCACAAUCGCAUUGCGCAGUGGCUAAACCAGUCAUCUGUCAGUGGGAUUCUUGACUUUUCCCAUCCCAUGGCCCUUGAGGCAGUGCAUGGCGUCUAUGUCAUCACUGCCUGGGAUGAGAGAGGGAGGAAAACCUCCCAUGGAUUUCAAGUCAAAGAAUAUGUUCUUCCAAAGUAUGAAGUGAAGGUACAGCUUCCAGAUGUUAUUUCUGUUAUGGACAAGCAGAUGACCGUAAAAGUUUGUGGGAAGUAUACCUAUGGGAAGCCUGUGUUAGGCUUGGUGAAGAUGACAUGGUGUUAUGUGCCUUAUGGUUACUAUGACUCUCUUCAGCAGUGUUUAAUGGAACUCACGACCACCAGCACUGACAAGACUGGUUGUGCCACAGUAACUACCAAUCUGACUGCUUUAUUUUCGCGUGUGUACAACACAGAUGUGGACAUCUAUGUUGAAAGUGAGAUGGAAGAGUAUGAAACUGGUAUUACUGUAAACGGACAUGGCCGUACAACUGCCACCAGCAAUUUUUCAGCUAUUCUCUCCUUUGAAGACACAGUAGCCAUUUUCAAGACUGGAACUACAUUUGAAGGAAAGGUCAAAGCAGCAAGACUUGAUUCUUCCCCACUGCUCAAUGAGACAGUUUUUAUCGUUGUGAACCAUGAAGGCAAGUCUGAAAAUUGGACAGUGACCACAGACAGCAAGGGUGUGGCUCAAUUUCGAUUGGACACCUCAUCUUGGACCAUGGAUUACGUCUCCCUUAAGGCCCAUCUCAAGGAACACAGGAAUUUACAUAUGCGUCACUACCACUAUGGACAAACCGCCAUGUCACUAACACAGUUUUACUCAAAGAGCAAGAGUUUUGUGAACAUCAUGCAGAUUCAUAGAGUGCUCCCCUGUGAUGAGGAAGGUCUUCUGAAAACUGAGUAUAUCAUCCAAAGGAGAGAACUGCACAGAAACCAGGAAUUUCUCACCUUUUUUUAUCUGGUGCUGUCAAGAGGAAGUGCUGUGCAGCAGGGGCACCUCCUUACAGCUGUCAAAAAAGGCAAAGUGAACAAAGGUGAGUUUACAGUCCAUGUACGACAGACCAGAGACCUGGCUCCAUACGCUCAAGUGGUUGUCUACACAGUGCUUCCAAGUGGGGAAAUAGUCGCUGAUAGCUCUACUGUUCCCAUCCAGAAGUGCCUGAAGAACAAGGUGUCCCUCAAGUUCUCCUCUUCCCAGGAACUGCCAGGGGAGAAGACCUCACUGGAGGUGAAAGCUGAUCCCGGAUCUCUCUGCUCUUUGAGGGCCAUUGACAAGAGUGUGUUGCUGAUGGAACCUCAUCAGGAUUUGACCAUAGACUCAAUCUACAGUCAGCUGCCAGUUCAGAGACUUUCAAGAUAUCCUAACAGUUUAGGUGAUUACGAGCACCAACCAUGCCUGCCCAGUCCUUGGGAUGAAGUCAGAGUCCCCGUCCACAGAAAGAAGAAACGGUCCUAUUUCGAUGAUGAAGAUUCUAAAAAAUUUGACAUUUACACCAUCUUUAUGGAUGUUGGAGUUAAAAUCCUGACCAGUUCUGCUGUGAGAAAACCAAUAGAUUGUGAUAUAACUUACCUUCUAGACAUGACUGAAGACAUGGUCCCCCAUCCACAAAAUCCAUUUCAGGAAUCCAUCAUCCGUACAUUCUUCCCGGAAACCUGGAUCUGGGAUCUGGUGUCAGUGGGUGAUUCAGGCUCAGUGAAGGUAGAACACACUGUGCCGGACACAAUCACGAAUUGGGUGGCUGGGGCGUUCUGCACCUCCCCCACAGGCUUUGGUUUAGCCCCCAACACUGACCUCACAGCCUUCCAGCCCUUCUUUCUCAGCCUCACCCUGCCUUACUCUGUCAUUAGAGGGGAAAUGUUUGCACUCAAGGCAACCGUUUUCAACUACCAUUCUACAUGUAUCAUGGUUCAGGUCAGUCUGAAUGAGUCAGCCCAGUACACAGCCCAGACCUGUGAAGGGUGUGAGUAUACCCACUGUUUGUGUGGAGAAGAAAGCAAAACAUUCAAGUGGAUCCUGAAGCCUACCGAUCUGGGGGAGGUGAGUAUAAAAGUGAGAGCAGAGGCCCUGAAGACAGAGGAGCUCUGUGGCAAUGAGGUGGUCACUGUGCCUGAGAGGGGACGCAUUGACACCGUUGUCAGGACACUGCUGGUUGAGGCAGAGGGCACUAAGGAGACCAUUAUCCACAAUGAAAUGCUGUGCCCUGUAGGGAGCCUAGUGGAGAAAAAUGUUCCUUUGAAGCUGCCGGAAGUGUUUGUUCAGGGUUCUCCUAAAGCCUUCCUCUCUGUUAUGGGUGACCUGAUGGGCCGUGCCAUGAAGAACUUGGGCAGCUUACUGGCCAUGCCGUAUGGCUGUGGGGAGCAGAACAUGGUACUGUUUGCCCCCAACAUCUAUAUUCUCAGGUACCUGGAAACCACUAGGCAGCUGACUGAGGAGAUCAAGGCCAAAGCUACCCGCUUCCUGGAAAAUGGCUACCAAAGAGAGCUUAACUACAAGCAUCAUGAUGGAUCUUACAGCGCUUUUGGAAAGGCAGAUGGGUCUGGUAACACCUGGCUCACUGCCUUUGUUCUUAAGUCCUUUGGGGGGGCAAAACCAUACAUCUUUGUUGAUCCAAGACACAUCACUGAUGCCAUAAACUGGCUGAGUCGGCAUCAGCAACCCAGUGGCUGUUUCAUGGCUGUUGGAAAACUCUUUAACAAUAAAAUGAAGGGUGGAGUCAGCGAUGAGGUCUCCCUUACUGCCUACAUCACUGCAGGUCUUCUUGAGCUAAACAGAAAUUCCACUACCUCCAUGGUGGCAAGAAGUUUGUCUUGUCUGAAAAAUGCCUCUGGCCAGCUGGAGAACCUGUACACCACUGCAUUGCUAUCCUACACUUUUACCCUGGCUGGGGACCAGGAGAUGAGGAGCAAGCUCAUCGCCCACCUGGCCAGUAAGGCUAAGAUCUCAGGAGGAUCUUGGCAGUGGCAGCACUUGGACACAUCAAGCAAGAAGACCGAUUCUCUGGAGGUAGAGAUGGCCUCCUACAUACUUUUGGCCCUGCUUUCAGGUCCACAGCUGCCCGGGUUUGGCCUGGGCUAUGCCUCAGUCCUCGUUCGCUGGCUUGUCCAGCAGCAGAACCCAUAUGGCGGGUUCUCCUCCACACAGGACACAGUGGUGGCCCUGCAGGCUCUGUCACUGUAUAGCGCUGCUACCUUCAGCCCAGAGGGUGACACUACUGUGACCGUGACUUCUGGUGGUGGAUACAAGCGAGAGUUUGUGGUUAAUCGGCACAAUCGGCUGCUGUACCAGGAGGAGCGACUGAAAGAGGUACCAGGGGACUACAGCAUAAAGACAGAAGGACAUGGAUGUGCACUUGUGCAGAUUGCUCUGCACUACAAUAUCCCUCCUCCUGCAGACUUUUCUGCUUUCAGUAUAACAGCCAAGGUAGAGGGGUCCUGUAACAGCACAAGAAAGGCCUUAACUGUGACAGUGGAAGUGAGGUACAAUGGCAGGCGAGAAGAAACCAAUAUGGUUAUCAUCAGUAUUAAGCUCCUGUCUGGAUACCUCCCGGACAAGGCCUCCCUCCAAACUUUGAAGAAUCAGCAUGCUGUGAAGCGAGUUGAAGAGGAUGAAGGAUACAUUAUCAUUUACGUUGAUGAGCUGAAGAAAAUGAUACCCAGGAUAUACUCUAUAAGUGUAAAAGAAGAUAUACGUGUUAGAAAUCGAAAGCCAGCUGUGGUGAAGGUGUAUGACUACUACCAGACAAGUGAUGAAGCUGUGAGCGAAUACAGCUCCCCGUGUGCUGAGGGUUAGUAUGAGGGAUUCAGACGUGCUAAAACACAAGUGAGAGGAGAAAGUCUCAAAAUUUUUCUCAAUUCAUCGAAACUGAGUAAUCACAUAAUUAUAAUCUGAUGGUCACGAUUAAACCAAGUAAAGAAGUAAAUAAGCUGUACCUGCUUUUUAUCCUCAACCAGCAGAGUCAAUAUGAUCCUCAUCACUAAUGGAAACAUUAGAAGAAAAGUUUUUUUUUUUCUUGUCUUGCUUCAGAUAAGUCAUAUGACCUGUAGAACCCUGCAAGUCUUAAAGCUUGUUUUUCAAGCACUGCUUUGAAACUAAUUCUGUGAAUUGACAUGUAAUUCACCCUGGUACUGUGAAUAAAAAUAAAAAUACUU